AUGGAAUACAAAACCAGCAGAAAACGUAAGUACGAUGGGUUUGUUGUUGGAUGUAUUCGGAAGAUAAUCCAUUCAUUUUUUGCGACCAAUACACCUCCCACACUUACUGCAGUUUUGGAAAAACUGAACGAUGAUCCUGAUCUUCCUGAGUUCAAAAGAACUACGUUGUGGAGGCUGCUAAAAGAAAAUGGCUUUUGUUACGAAAAGCGUAAAAGACAGUCUUUACUUUUAGAACGUGACGAUUUGAUUGUAUGGCGUCAUUCUUAUUUACGAUCAAUGAGGCGGUUUAGGAAGGAAAAGAGAAAUAUUGUUUUUAUGGACGAAACAUGGGUAAAUGUUGGUCAAGCUACAUCUAAAAUAUGGAAAGAUCAAACUAUAAAAACACCGAAGGAUGCGUUCUUAGCUGGGCUAACGACAGGGCUUAAAGACCCUACUCAACGAGGACCUCGUUUUGUCAUUGUACACGCAGGAGGAGAAAAUGGGUUUGUUGAAGGAGCGCAGCUAGUAUUUUUAGCAAAAAAAGGAACAGCCGAUUUCCACGCAGAAAUGGAUGCAGACACUUAUGAAAAAUGGUUUGUGGAACAAUUGGUUCCUAAUGUCCCCCCUGGUACCGUCGUUGUUAUAGAUAACGCGUCUUACCACAGCCGUAAAUUGGAAAAAGUACCCAACACGAAAACAAAAAAAGAAGACAUUAAGAAUUGGUUACUAGACAAAAACGUAACCUUCCCACAGGACAGCUUAAAGAAAGAACUGCUUGCUGAAGUGCAAAAAAUUAAGCAUUUGUUUGACCUUCAUGCCAUUGAUGAGAUAGCGAAAACUCAUAAUAUCGAAAUUGUAAGACUACCUCCUUAUCAUUGUGAGUUAAAUCCUAUAGAACUAGUCUGGAGCCAAGUAAAGAGACACGUUGCAGCCAACAACAAAGCGUACGAUGUUAAGCUUAUGGAGCCGUUAAUUGACAACGCAUUUAAGUCCGUCAAAAAUGAGCAAUGGAUGAACUAUUGCAAACAUGUAAUAGACAUUGAAAAUGAUAUGUGGAAGAUAGACAGUUUGCAAGAUGACGUCGAGCCUCUAAUUAUUCAUCUUUCUGGAUCUUCGUCUACUGAAGGAGACGAAAGUUCGACGUCUAUCGUCAGUGCAGAAUCUGGAGUGGUUCCGUUGCAAUGA